UUCCGGUACAUUGCAUCUUUCGUGCAAUUACGACAAGGGAACUGGCAAUGGAAGUAACCUUUCACAGAUUUUGUUGUUGUUGUUGCUUUUUUUUCCAAAUGUUAUGUGUUGAUAGCAGACGCUUUGGCGUUGACAAAAAGUGAACUUCAUGAAAAUCAGUUAGGAAAUGAACAAGUUACAACUUAAUUUCAACGUCCGGACGUUAACUUGGAUGGAACUGUCGACCUCUCCAACAUGGCCGCCACGUAGGCACGCCGGUUAGCCGGGCUGCUACAAUGCGCCGGCGUAACAGUUUUAAUAUCUAUGGACGCAAACACAUGAGAACAGUUUUUUGUCAAUUAACUUUAAGUAUUUUUCUUGUUUUUAGUUCUUAUUGUUGUUGCUGCUGUUUCUUAAACAGUUUGUGGUGGAGCUUCAGGCUCGGGUGGAGGUGUGUGUGGAAGUUUAUUCGUGCUCUACGAAAUACAUAGAGCUGUGCGAUAUAACAGUACUGUAUGUAUCGUAGUGUGACGUAAAAACGUAUAUCGUACAGUAAAACCCUCUGUUGUGUACAUUGUUAUUUUGAAUUUCACUUGCAGCUACCCUGGUAGUUUCAUUUCCGCCGCAAUGAGCAUGAGCAACAUACAAAGUAGCCACGUCGCUAUCUAGCUAACGUGACAAAACAGCAAACAUGACCGGAAGGUCGCUGUUCAUCUCACAACUCACAGUAAGACUUUUAUGAAACAGAAUACACGCACACCAACGUUGUCUGCCGGAUAGCUAAGACACACACUCAUAAUAAUAUGGGCAGGAACAAAUGUAAGUAAAGAGCAACAUUGAGCUUGAUUUACUACAAGUAUUAUUCUUAUGCCAAGCAAGAGGGGACCCCACUGCCUGCCCGACGCAGACUGCGUAGAAGUUUACACACGGACUAACGUUACUGCAAAUUCAAUAGGGCCGGGUUGGGCAGAAAUAUCGAUUCAUCAGUGUAUCACAAUAUUCCACUCCCCAGUUCAAUAUUGAUUUCGCAAAUCCUCUGAAUCAAUUCACCUCCUGGCCAGUGGGGGGCGCUUUGCAUGUGAGUUGCAUUGUAUGGACGCAGGCCACACUCAAUCAAAUACAACAAAAUGGCAACCAAAGCAAGCUGCAGAUAUUUGGAGUCAUUUCAGAUUCCCCUGUGAAUCCGCAACACAGGAAAUGGUCAAAAGAAGGUCUUUUGCAACUUGCCCUGCAGUUCCAUUAUUGGAGCCGGGAGGGCGCUUUGCGUCCUCUCUCUCUCCCCCCUCCCCUCUCUGUUUUCAGCACCUGUCUCCGAUCAGCCUCAUCACCACCGGUAUAUAAGCCUGCCUGUUCCAGGAAAUCCUCGCCAAAGUAUUGAAGUUACUUCCAGCGUGUUUCCCCCCCGUGUUCCUGAUCCACGUCAUUCCUGGCGCCAAGCCAGCCUUCAUCAUUUUACAUCUGCCUCCGCCUGCUCUUGGACCCAGCUACUCCCCAUACGUGACAGAAUACUUUGGCCAUUAUGGACCCACCUACUCCGGAGGCACUGAUGAACGCACUCACUCUCCAAGGAGCCCGCAUACGAAGACAAGAAAAGACUCUCCAAGAACUCAUGGAAUCCCUACACUCCCUCACACGACAAGUAUACCUCCUUUCCUUGACGAUGAUAUCCAAACUUCCACCUGGAAGUAUGCCUUCUGAGCCAGCAGCCUCAGCGCCACCGUGCCUCCUGUACAAAGAACCUCAUGUCCCGCCGCCCGAGCCCUACUCCGGGGACCUAGGUGCAUGUAGCCAGUUUCUACUCAAUUGCGCACUCGUUUUUAUACCUCGAUGACAUCCUCAUUGUCUCCCGCUUCCCCAAAGAACACCGCAUCCAUGUAUGCCAAGUCAUUCAGCGUCUCCUUGAAAACCGUCUGUAUGUUAAACCUCAACAGUGCGAAUUCCACCUCUCCUCCGUACACUUCCUGGGCUUCAUCUCCAGAGGACAACUACAACCCCGCCAAUUUCUACUGUCAAUUCAUCCGUAAUUACAGCAAGGUUACUAUUCCCCUCACUAGCCUUACAUCCACCAGCUCCCUCUUUCAAUGGACGGCGGCAGCAUCCCAAGCAUUCAGUCACCUCAAGACCCUGUUCACCAGCGUGCCCAUUCUUCGCCACCCCGACACCUCCCUCCAGUUCGUGGUCGAGGUUGACGCCUCGGACACGGGGGCUGUCCUCUCGCAGUGAGACCCCACGACCCAGAAACUUCACCCCUGUGCCUUUUUUUUCCCCCCGUCUGUCCCCUGCCGAGACGAACUACGAUGUCGGCAACCGAGAGCUACUGGCCGUUGUAUGGGCCUUGGAAGAGUGGAGGCACUGGCUGGAGGGGACUGAACUACCAGUCAUCACUUGGACAGACCACAAGAAUCUCUCAGACCUCCGUUCUGCCAAACGCCUUAACCCUUCGACAAGCUCGCUGGGCUCUCUUCUUGAGCAGGUUUAAUUUCAAUCUCUCCUUCCGUCCUGGCUCCAGAAACAGCAAACCAGAUGCCCUGUCUCGACUUUAUUCACCCCCCACCAGCCCUGACAAACCGGAACCCAUUCUUCCUUCCUUAUGCUUUGUUGGAGCAGCCACUUGGCAGAUCGAACAGGUGGUUAAGGAGGCCCAAAAGACUCACCCGGAUCCCAAGACUGGGCCUCCAAACCGCCUGUUUGUACCAGAUUCUGCACGCUCUGACGUUCUUCAGUGGGCUCACAAUUCCAAACUCGCCUGUCAUCCUGGCAUCACCCGCACCAUUCAGUUCAUCCGGCAGCAUUUCUGGUAGCCCAGCCUUGUUCAAGACACCCGGGAGUUCGUCCAAGCCUGCUCCGUCUGUGCCUGAGAGAAGUCUUCACACCUGCACCCGGCUGGGCUGCUGCAUCCAUUGCCUAUCCUUAGCCGCCCUUGGUCCCAUAUCGCUCUGGACUUCGUUACCGGGCUACCUCCUUCUGAAGGUCCUCAGUUCUCAUCCCUGGUAUGGAAGGAAUUCUGUAAAGCGGUGGGCGCAGCAGCCAGCUUGUCGUCAGGAUAUCAUCCGCAGACCAAUGGCCAGACUGAGCGGGCAAACCAAUCCCUAGAAUCAGCCCUCUGUUGUGUUGCCGCACGCAACUACCCUCCUGGAGCUCAUUCCUCCCGUGGAUUGAGUAGGCCCACAACUCCCUCACCAGUUCUGCUACCGGUAUGUCCUCAUUCAUGGCUUUCUAUGGUUACCAACCGCCAUUUAUUCAAAGAACAGGAGCAGGCACUGGCAGUCCCCGCAGUCAAGGAUCAUCUCCAGAGAAUCCAGGCAGUGUGGAAAGACAUCCAUGCGGCUUUGACCCGGUCCGCCGCACGCAAUAAACAGCUCGCAGACCAUCAUUGCUCCCCGACACCCAAAUACAAGACCCAGCAAGCGUCUGCGAGGCGAAAGACGAUGUUCAAAUUGCUGAAUUUGAAGCUGGUGGACCCGUCAUGUAUGUGGGCGCAGUUGGACGGCCCCGUCGGCGUGGAGGCGCUCGACAAGCGUCAGUACGACGAGCUUUUCACGCGCAUGAACGUCUUCUACAAUUGCGUCACCAGGGACGUGUGCGCGGUGACGCCCUCCUCGCUGGCGGUGGGACAGGUGUGUGUGGUGUACUGGUCCCAGAUGAAGAUGUGGUGCCGGGCCCGGCUGGAGUCCAUCGCCUCAGACUCGCACGCGUCUUACGCUUGUUGUUACCUGCUGGACCACGGAGAACCUCUGGUUGUCCUCUUCAGCAAAAUCCGACGUGUCGAGCUGGACUUCCUCCAGCUCCCGUUCAUGAUGAGGAGGUUACACCUGGCGAGGGUCAAGCCCCUGACGCUGCAAGUGUCUGUUUGCGAGAAGGCCAAGCUGGUGCCGUCCAGCCGCUGGGACAGCUCGGCCACGUCUUACUUGUACCACCUUUUCAAAACAUCGAGUCAGGUGGAGGCCGUGGUACUGCAGGACGGGUCCCACUCCACCGCCAUCGAGCUCUACGUGAGCGUCAACGGCGUCAAGAUUUGUGUGAAUGAUGAGCUGGUGGCCAAGAGGUUUGCUAUUUACAGCCAAGACGUGUCUAACAGCAGCAAGCUGGAGCAGCUCAAUAUUCAGCAUUUUAGGUUUCCAAACCGCGGCCUCAAAGCACCUGCCUGGAAGCCGCUAGCACAGGUCGCGGCCGCUCCAGUGCCAGUAACACAAGUGGAAACUGCGCCCCCUCUGGUGAUGCAGCCUGCUGGACUGCGAGCCUGUGAUCUAAUGACGGCGCCCUCUCAGAGUCCUGAGUACGAGGGAGGCAUCACUUCAGAGGUCACAGAUGGACUAGCGUUACUGGGCAGCCAAUCAGAGAGUGACUCAUUAGAGGAAUCCGAUGCCUCCCUGGCCACCGCGUUCAAGUCCCACCUCACUCUGUUCAGGUUCAUGAGGUUCCUCAAUCCUGAAUGCAGCUUCGAGGCCGAGACAAGUGUGAAUCAACCUGAGGAGCUGACAGAGUGUUCACCGCCACAUGCUUCCAGCUCGCCCAGCACAGGAAAGGAAGUCAGGCUGCCUCCCGGCCAAUCGGACGUGAUGAAGAGGGCCGACAACAACUGGGCUUGCACAAGACUUUUGGAGUGGCUGAAUCCACAGUCUCUGAAGUUUCAUUCAGAAGAUGAUGAUGAAGGUGACCCGGUCCUUCCCAGCACUCCCAAGACUGGUGACAUUCUGGUACACUCUGACCUCCCGAUGGAGACGUUUUCAAGCCUGGAUGAUGCCCCCAUCACUGACACCUUCCGCAGGAUGUUGCAGAGGAAGCAGUUCUGCCCGUCUCCUGCGGACCGCCUCACCUGGGCCGCCGUGGCUCGAGGAAACAACACAGUGGUCAUUUCGCAUGCUGGUGACCAGCCUCAAAGCUACCUGGCCCCCCUCCUCAGUCACAUACUGCUCAGCACCAUCUUCACCGUCUCCUCAUCCAGAGCGGGCCCAGUAGCAGUGGUGCUGUGUCCCGGCUGGGAGAAGGUCCACCUGCUGUGCGACCUUCUUGAGGAGAGCAAGGUUUCCCAGAGGCUCAAGACAACCAGUGUGCUGAUAGGUGGUGCCAAAGAUGAGGCCAACAACAUCAAUAUUCCCAAAGACUGCCUGCUGUUAGUGACUACUCCCUUCAGUCUGGUGCGUCUCCUGUCAUGUCACUGCUUUCUGUUCCUGCGUUUCGGUCACCUUGUGCUGGAUGAGGCCGACCAGCUCUUCACGCUGGCUCCAGACCAGAUGGAGAUAAUCUUGCAGCAUUUUCAGAAGGUCAUCUCCCGCCAGGAAAUGUCAUUGUGUCCGCAGCAGCUGGUCGCUGUAGCCAAGCGAUGGACGGGUCAAAUGGAGACUUUGAUUGCCAAUCAUAUGCCCUACGCUUGCAUGGUCAUCGCAGCUCCUGAAGAAGCAGCCCUCUAUGGAAACGUGCAGCAGGUCGUCCUCAUGACCUUGGAGAGCAGCAAGAUCGCCACACUGUUGAGUGUGAUAGAUUUCUGCCCUGAUGUGGGCCAGAAGACUGUCAUCAUCUGCAACGCCGCUGAAGAGGUUGAAGAUGUCCACAAGGCUGUGAGCAGUAAAUCGGGUUUCUGUAUGAAGACUCAUGAGGGUUUAACACACACCUUUGACUUUGUGCACCAGCAGUGGGCCAAAAGCAUUAGACCCGGCACACACGUCAUUCUGGUCAUCACCAGUGAGUGCCUGAGAUGUUUAGCGCUGACAGAUGCCACCUGUGUGGUCCAUUUCGGCUUCCCAAGGUCUCCCAAAAUGUUUGGAAGCAGACUCUUCUGCAUGAGCAGCAACUUCCGAAACCUCUCAGAGCCUCCUUCCUCCCAGAACACAACGUCGAAAGGUCCUAAAGUCUGCAAGUCCUUGCUGCUGGUCUCUGAGAGGAACGCGCAGCACGUUGGUGGCCUGGUGCGCUAUCUCAAACGAAGCCACGCUCUGCUACCAGCAGAGCUGCUGGCCUUCGCGGAAGCGGCUGACGAGGCCCAAGAGGAGGGCAAGACUGAGCGGCCGCUCUGUUGCCACCUGAAAAGUUUUGGAGUGUGCAGGUUCAGCGUGUGUCCAGACCGCCACAGGCUCAUUUCUCAGCUGGAUCAGUCCAAUCUUCCUGCUUCUGGACUCAUAGAGGUGUUGCCUCUCUAUGUCAAGACGGCAUCCGUCUUCUGUGGUCGAAUAAUCCGGGAGGAGGACGCCGUGUUUGACUGCAUGGUGGCUGACAUGAUGUCUUACUAUGCUGACCGCCAGCUGUUUUCUGAGGAGGUGCAAGAAGGAGGCUUGUACGCUGUGCAGGAGGACCAAGACUUCCACAGGGUGAAGGUCUUGACUGUCCCCGACACCAAAGGCCGGCUAUUUUUCAGUGUCCUUGUUCGCUUCAUUGAUGUUGGCAAAGAGAGAGAAGUCAAAUCCCACCAGAUCCUGCAGCUACCGGAAGAGUUCCACUCUGUGCCCGGCCAGGCUGUGGAGAUGAUUGUGUGCCAGGUGAAGCCUGGUGAUGCCGAGGCUGACUGGCAUCCAAAGGUGACUAGAGCCGUCAGCCAGAAGAUCCAAGGUGUCAAGCACAGAGCCAGAGCUGUGCACAGUCUGGGAAACACAGUCUUCCUGGAUAUUAUGGUUCGGGAGACUCGGGUGCCUGGUAUGAAGACGGUAAUCAGUGAGUACAACGUACCCACGCUCAUUCUGAACACGGGCAUGGCCGAACGAAACCCAGGUCACCUGGACCAGCUGAAGGCGCUCAGUCGGGAAGGAGUGACCGAUCGUGCGUGCGGCAGGAAUCGAACCUGUGACUCUCCAGCGGAACCCGAGUCCUUACAGAUGAGCAAUUGUUUCACUAUCGGAAACAAAACAGUGGAACGAGUCAAGGAGCCGGAAGUACCAGAACACAAGUCACUUCCUCUUCUCCAGGAAGCAGACGAGAAGACAAACAUCCAAACUUCUGAUAUCAGCGGAACUGAAACCAACCCAACAAUUAAGCAGCCUCCUCAUCUUAACACCUUCAAAGACGGUGAUCCCGCUGGUGACGAUCAAAACAAUGAGCUGCUCAUCACUUGCCAUGGAGACAUGACAAAGAGUCUGCACCCUCAGGUCCGCUGGUACCAGACGUCCACAUCAUUGAGCGUCACGCUGAAGAUGAGGGACCCGCAGCGUCAGCGCUGCGACUUCCACCCCGACCGCGCAGUCUACAGUGGAAACGUGGAUGGUCGCCGCUACAGAGCAGAUCUGGAUCUCUACGCGGGCGUGUUGGCCGAGCGCUGCCGCUGCGAGUUGAAGUCCAGCGAGCCUGUCCUCACACUGGUCAAACGAGAGUGCGGCUACUGGCCCACGCUUCUCAGGAGCAAGAACAUUUUUGUGAGUUACGAUAUGGAGCACCUGGAGGAGGAGGAAGACAACGUGUCAACUCAUAGUGUCGCGUUUGUGGGCGACACGGGAGGAGACUACCACUUUGUCGACAGAGACAGCAGCACCGACAGCGACUCCACAUGCUGAAGAUUGUCAAUUUUAUGCUGCAAGGAGACAUCCACCAAGCCCUUUGUGACAGUGCUUGUGUCACAACAAGAGGUUUGGAUUCUAGAAGUCCUCCAAAAGACUGAAGAACAUUGUAGAGAUGUGACCAAAGCCGUAAAAAACAAAAUCUGGACCGUGACCCACGAGGGUCCCAUAAAUUAACCCAGCUUGACAUCGUCAUUAUGCAACGCAAUUGGCUAGUUCCAAAAUUGACCAUAUAUAAGGAACAUUUUCCACAGAAACCUCUAAUUUAUAUAUACAGUUCCGUGAAAAGGUAUUUGCCCCCUUCUCAAAUUAUUAUUUUUUGCAUAGUUUCCCCACUUUAAGAUGUCAAACAAACAUAAAAUGCAGCUUUUUAAAUGAUUUCAUUUAUUAAGAAAAAAAACCUCUUCAAAGCCACCUGGCCUCGUGUAGAAAAAGUAUUUACCACCCUUAUUAAAUCAUGAAUGUGGCUAAACACAUUUAAAUAGAACCCGUCUGAAAAAAGGAAGUUGGAAAAAGUUCUCAAAAAACUGCAACAAAUGCCACAGUGCUCAUCUUUUGCAAAAAAAAAAAAAUAAAGAAACAUCUGAAUGAUUCCCAAAACUUACGGGGAAUAUUCUGUAGACUGAUGAGACGAAAGUUGAACUUUUUGGAAGGUGUGUGUCUCGAGACAUCUGGCAAAAAUGUAACACAGCAUUUCAGAAAAAGAACCUACAGUAUCAACAUUCAAACAUGGUGGCCGUAGUGUGAUGGUCUGGGGCUGCUUACUCCUUCAGGACCUGAACGACUUGCUGUGAUUGAUGGAACCAUAAUUCUUCACCAGAAAAUCCUGAAGUAGAAUGUUCGGCCAUCAUUUUGUGACCUAUUUCCACAGAGAUGUGAAAGACUCAUUGGCAGUUUGAGAAAACGCUUGAUUUCAGUUUUUGCUCCUGAGGGUAGCCCAGUUUUUGAAUGGGGAUUUUAUUUAUUAAGGAAAGAAAAAAAACAACUAUUCAAAAGCUACUUGGCUCUGUGUGAAAAAGUAAUGGCCCCCUAAACCUAAAAACUGGUUGGGCCACCCUCUUCAGUUUUCUAUUACUGGCAAUGAGUCUUGAAGAUCUCUGUGGAGAUAUUUCAGCCCACUUUGCUUUGCAGAAUUGUUGUAAUCCAGCAAUACUGGACGGUUUUCAAGCAUGAGCAGCCUUUUUAAGGUCAUGCCACCGCAUUUCAAUCGGAUUCAAGUCCGGACUUUGACUAGGCCACUCCAUAACCUUCUCCCUCCGAGCCAUUCAUAAGUUGACUUGCUGUUGUGUUUUGGAUCGUUGUUCUGCAGCUGAAGCCAAGUGCGCUUCAGCGUGUGGUCACCAACUGUUGACCAAACAUUCUCCUUCAGGAUUUUCUGGUAAAGAGCAGAAUUAAUGGUUCCAUCAAUCACAGUAAGUCGUCCAAGUCCUGAAAGUGAAAAGCAGCCCCAGACCAUCAUACUACCCCCCACCAUGUUUGAAUGUUGGUAUGAUGUUAUUUUUCUGAACUGCUGUGUUACAUUUACGCCAGAUGUCGCGAGACACACACCUUCCAAAAAGUUCAACUUUUGUCUCGUCAGUCCAUAGAAUAUUCCUUGAAAAGUCUUGGGGAAACAAUCAGAUGUUUCCUGUGCUCUUGGAGUCAUUUUUGUAGGCUGGCCACUCUUGGGAAGGUUCACCACUGUUCCAUGUUUGUGGAUAUCUGUUCUCACUGUGGUUUGCUGGAGUGCUAAAGCUUUAGAAAUGACUUUGUAACGAUUUCCAGACUGAUGUCAAUUAUUUUAUUUCUCAUCGGUUCUUGAAUUUCUUUGGGCUGUGGCAUUUUGUUGCCAUUUUUUUUUGAGGAUUUAUUAUUUUAAUUUUUUCCCCAACUUAAUUUUGUCAGAUUCUAGUUAGAUUUCUUGAUUGAACAAAUCUGGAGGUCAUCAGGCUUGGGUGUGGUCAGUGAAAAUGAACUCAUCUUUAAAAUAAAAUAAAAAGUGAUUAGCCACAGAUAAUUCAUGAUUUAACAAGGGGGUCAAUUAUUUUUUUCACCCACGGCCAGGUAGAUUAGAAUAUUUUUUCUAUCCUAAAAUGAUAAUUAAAAAACUGCAUUGUAUGGUUAUCUUUGUCCGAUAUUUACAUUUGUUUGAUCAUCGUAACGUUAAAGUGUUGGUACUAUGCAAAAAAGAAUUUGAGAAGGGGGGGCAAAUUCUUUUUUUGUGGCACCGUACAUUGAAUAAAACAAUACGCGAGUUGAGUGCGUGGGCGUCAGUUGUGGCCGUAGCAGCUAGUUUAUGAAUGUGUUUAUUACAUGUAUAUUUAGUUACCGUUUGUUCAAUAAAGCGAUUGAAACCUC